AUGUCUAUCGUGAACAUUCGCAACAUUGAGCUCGUCAACAACCCCGCAAAGUUCGACGAUGACUACCAUUUCCGGAUCAAAUUUGAGGCCAUUGCGCCGCUGGCUGAGGACCUCGAAUGGCGCCUGAUCUACGUUGGUUCCGCUAAGAGCGAGGAGUAUGACCAGGAACUUGACUCGUGCAUGGUCGGCCCCAUUCCCGCCGGAGUCAAUGCUUUCGACUUUGUCGCCCCCGCGCCCAAGCACGACUUGCUUCCCUCUGUCGACCCGGAGGAGAUCCUCGGCGUCACUGUCAUCAUCAUCACGGCCUCGUACCGCGACAAGGAGUUUGUGCGCGUCGGCUACUACGUCAACACGGACUACGAGGACGAGCAGCUCCGCCUCGAGCCGCCUCCUCAGGUCGUUUGGGACAAGCUGUACCGCAACGUGCUCAUUGAGAAGCCCAAGGUGACCCGAUUCCAGAACCCAUGGGACAGCGGCUCGGCGGACCCAUAUGGCGCGCCCAACGGCGAUGGACAGGCUGAGCUCGACCAGCCCCUCUCCGCCGAUGCCGUGUUCAACUCGCCGCUGCCGCCGCCCGUGCAGAAGGCGCCUGCGCCGAGUAGCGGCAUGGACGUGGACGGAGGCGUGGCGGCGUAA